AGAUGAGGAUCGUGCGCCAUCCGGUCCGGUUCAUUUUAAUUUCCCGGGCCAACGUAUUCAAGCGAACGCCGGUUUAAAGAGAACCUCCGGUUUCUGCUUCUUCGUCUUCUUUCCCCACCGCCGAUGAGGAUCCCGAAGCAGAGAGGGCGGCGGCCGUCCAUCCUUCCGCCGCCAUCGAUUCUUUGCAGGCCUAGCGAUUGGCCUACAUCGACUGCUUGGUCGCUCUCUUGUUCUGCUACGAUGGUUCAUGCAAGGGAGUUGUCACAUAUAAGCUAGGGGUCAAUUCCGAACAGGUUCAGAAUGUCCUGUUGAUUGUCUCAACCCCUGCAUGUGCUAUUAUUACUGGGCGAAGUCCUCCGUGAUUUACCUUUUUCCAGGAAGUAUGGGGCCGCUAAGGAGAUUUUAUACGCUGGAGAGCAAGCAAAGCAACAUGUGGACUUAUCGGACAGUGGAGGGAGGGAGCCUAGGUGAACUGGUGGAUGAGAAUUGUAUCCCUUCUUCCAAGGUUUUUUAUUGGAAACUGCAGUCAUUCAAAAACAAGGGGAAGAGGACAAGCUGAACCCAACAGCUGAAAAGGUGCCUUUGGUGACAAGGAUCCUCUCAAGGUGGCUGGCUUGGACUUUGGAGUGAUUCCAGGAGUGGAACCUGGCGGAAUCGCCGUAGAUAUAGUCGGAGGAACGGAAGCGAAGCAGUACUCUGCAUCUUCUACUUCUUCUCCGUCUCCGCCUCCGUCGCCGCCACCGGCAUUUCCCUCGGUAGCAAUGGCAGGAGCUCAUGGUAUGGCGGCGGCGCCGGAGUCAGCAGGCCUGGCCACGGGAAUGAUGGCAGGUGCCAGCGACCUUUUCCGGGGGAAAAAGCGAGGGAGGCCGAGGAAGUACGGGCCCGACGGCAUGGCUCUGGCACUGACGUCACCCAGCUCCGGCCCCCCUUUCUCCUCGGGCGGCAAACAAAGUAAAGGCCGGCCGCCAGGGUCGGGCAAGAACCAGCUCCUCGCUGCUCUUGGAGAGUGGUUCGCGCACUCAGCUGGUGGAAAUUUUACACCCCAUGUAGUCACCAUUUCUGCAGGGGAGGAUGUUGCUGCAAGAAUACUUUCCUUCUCGCAAAAGGGACCGCAAUCUAUCUGCAUACUAUCUGCCAAUGGAGCCAUCUCCAAUGUCACCUUAAGGCAGCCUGGUUCUUCCGGUGGCACCUUGACUUAUGAGGGCCGGUUUGAGAUUCUAUCCCUGUCUGGAUCCUUCACACUUACUGAAAAUGGAGGCAUUCGGAGUCGAACUGGCGGGAUCAGUGUGUCGCUUGCAGGUCCUGAUGGUCGAGUUAUUGGUGGAGGGAUUGCUGGAACAUUGCUUGCAGCUAGUCCAAUUCAAGUGGUGGUUGGAAGCUUCACUCCAAACACUUUCAAAGACCCAAAACCAAAACCCACACCACAACCACCUCCUGAAGCAUUGCCCGUAACCGCCGGUCCACUCACAGCCGCAAGGCCUAUUUCACAGGCAAACCCCCAAGUCGACUGCGAGACGCCCACCUCAACAUUACCCGUCCAACCCCAAGUCGGAAGCAUGGAUAAUGCCACUCCAAACCCUACUCUUCAUGCUGCAAGUUGGCAUGGACUGCAGUCAUCGGAACACAAGCCUUCUCCAGAUAUAAACAUAUGCUUGCAUGGAGAGUAUUGACACUGAUGUAAUUCUCUUGGCACCUUAACACUACCAAGUUAAUCCAAUAUUUCAGUAAUGAUUCUGCUAGAAAUGCAUUAGGUUAGGGAUUAUUUUAGGAGUUUUCUUGUCGAUUGAAUAGUGAUAAACUGAUGGAUCCAUCUAGAUUAUGUUAUCAAGCUUAAGGUUAUUUA